CUUUUUGGGAGCGAGCUUCGAGGUGGGGGGCCGAGGGCCCUGGGCUGUGUGUUUCUAUUCUUCCGGCCGCCUCAGGCCGGCCUGACCCCCGCUCUCUGUCCCGGGACCCCCCCGGAAGCCCCGCCCAGGCGACGGGCGGAGAAAAAGACCCAACGCGGAGAGAGGGACACAGAGACACACGGAGUGACACACUGAGAGGGGUGGGGGGAGGGAGAGACAGAGACGGAGAGAGACACGCAACCAGAGACACCCCGAGACAAAGAGACUCCCAGACACCCCGAGAGAACCAGAGAGAGCCCAGAGGCAGCAGUCUGGGAACCUUCGGAGAGCCAGCCUGCCAUGCUGGGUGGGCAGCACAGCCCCCCGGGCCCCGGCCCAGGCACCCCCUCCUCACCAGUCGGGUCUCCCCGGGCCUCCCCGCGCAGCUCUCCUGGGCUCUUCAGGAAACUGCUGGUAAACCAGAGCAUCCGACUGCAGCGUCGCUUCACGGUGGCCCAUCCUCUCUGCUUUGACCUCGAAAAUGGCCUCUCUUCGGGAAGGAGCCCCCUGGAUCCCCAGACCAGCCCUGGCUCAGGACUCGUCAUCCAGGGCAACUUCCCUCACAGUCAAAGGCGAGAGUCUUUCCUCUACCGAUCAGACAGCGACUAUGACCUCUCCCCCAAGGCCAUGUCCCGGAACUCCUCUACUGCCAGUGACUUACAUGGAGAAGACAUGAUUGUGACUCCGUUUGCCCAGGUCCUCGCCAGUCUGCGCACGGUCAGGAGCAACUUUGCCGUGCUGACUCGACUACAAGACCGCGUGGCCAAGAGAGUGUCUGGCAGUAACCCGACUUCUGGCUGCCGGGCCCCACCGCUGCCAGAGGAUGCCUGCCAGAAGCUGGCCAUGGAGACCCUGGAGGAGCUGGACUGGUGCCUGGACCAGCUGGAGACCCUGCAGACCCGGCACUCCGUCAGUGAGAUGGCCUCCAACAAGUUCAAGCGAAUGCUUAACCGGGAGCUGACUCAUCUGUCAGAGACCAGCCGCUCUGGAAACCAGGUGUCCGAGUAUAUCUCCCGGACCUUUCUGGAUAAACAGCACGAGGUGGAGCUUCCCUCCAUGCCAGUGAAGGAGAGGGAGAAGGAGAAAGAGGAGCGGCCAAUGUCUCAGAUCAGCGGCGUCCGGAAGCUAACACACGGCUCCAGCUUCUCAGCAGCCGCCAUUCCAAGAUUCGGAGUUAAGACUGACCACGAAACGCUGUUGGCAAAGGAGCUGAAAGACACAAACAAGUGGGGUCUGGAUGUGUUCAAGGUGGCUGAGCUCUCUGGGAACCGCCCGCUGACAGCCAUCAUGUAUAGCAUCUUUCAGGAGCGAGACCUGCUAAAGACCUUCCGGAUCCCAGCGGACACUCUGGUCACCUACCUGCUGACCCUGGAGGACCAUUACCACGCUGAUGUGGCCUAUCACAACAGCAUCCACGCAGCCGAUGUAGCCCAGUCCACCCACGUGCUCCUAUCCACGCCAGCGCUUGAGGCUGUUUUCACCGACCUGGAAAUCUUGGCCGCCAUCUUUGCCAGCGCCAUCCAUGACGUGGAUCAUCCUGGGGUCUCCAACCAGUUUCUGAUCAACACCAACUCUGAACUGGCCCUCAUGUACAACGACGCCUCUGUCCUGGAGAACCACCACUUGGCCGUGGGCUUCAAGUUGCUCCAGGAGGACAACUGUGACAUCUUCCAGAACCUCAGUCCCAAGCAGCGGCAGAGCCUGCGCAAGAUGGUCAUUGACAUGGUGCUGGCUACAGAUAUGUCCAAGCAUAUGAAUUUGUUGGCCGACCUGAAGACCAUGGUGGAGACGAAGAAGGUGACGAGCCUGGGUGUCCUGUUGCUGGACAACUACUCGGACCGGAUCCAGGUCCUGCAGAACAUGGUGCACUGCGCCGACCUUAGCAACCCCACCAAGCCGCUGGAGCUGUACCGCCAGUGGACGGACCGGAUCAUGGUGGAGUUCUUCCAGCAAGGAGACCGGGAGCGCGAGAAAGGCAUCGAGAUCAGCCCCAUGUGCGACAAGCACACCGCUUCCGUGGAGAAGUCCCAGGUGAGAGGCCAGAGAGCCGGCCCGGCACGGGGGGGAUGGGACGGCCUGGCUGCGCAGGGGCCGCGCUGGGCAGGGAGGGCGAUCCGAGGCGCCAACUGCUCCCCUCGACAGGUGGGUUUCAUCGACUACAUCGCACACCCGCUGUGGGAGACCUGGGCCGACCUGGUGCACCCGGACGCCCAGGAGAUCCUCGAUACGCUGGAGGACAAUCGCGAGUGGUACCAGAGCAUGAUUCCCCGGAGCCCGGACGGAGGCCACGAGGCCGGGCCGGCCAAAGGCGGCGGGGCUGCUGACAAGUUCCAGUUUGAGCUGACCCUGGAGGAGGAGGAAGGAGAGUCGGACUCGGAGGCCGAAGAGCCUGGGAGCCGGGCAGAGGAGGGAGAGGAGGAGAACAGUGGCAGCGACUCCAAGACCCUGGCCACCGAUGACUCAGAAUCCGCAGAGGUGGAGCCGCUGUCUCCAGAAGAGGAGGCGAGUCCUGUGGAGGAGCAUCGGCCCCAGGCGUCUGUGGCCCUGGAUAACGAGAGGACGCUGUCCCAGGCCGAGGCCAAGAGCCUGCAGGAGGGGGACGGGGCUGUCGAUCAGGAGGGCAACCUCACGUUCUACCCCCUGGGGACGUAACGGGCACGCCGGCCCUCUCCCCUCCGGUCCUGGAACCACUUCCCAGACUCUGUGACUUGGGGCAGGGGAGGGGAGACAACAUGAAAAAAUCCCCCCAACUCUCCCCCCUCCUCCUAUUCCCUCCCCAAAGCCCUGAUCUAAACAACUAAAAACCCAAGGACACGUCCCUUUAAAAGCAGAACUGGGGCCCAGAGAGAGCUGGGAUGCUUGGUCUAGACCUGGCUGGGCUCCUGGCGGGAAGGGAAGAACGGAAGGAAUAAAGGAGACAGGUGCUUGGAGUUCUUCAGGGGAACUGCGACUGGGUGGGAGGGAAAAGCCUAGAGCAGGAAGAGAAAUUGAGGCAAGAAGAAAAAUGCUUGGUGAACAGAGCUAUCCAGCAUUAGAAUGAAUUGACUUAGAAGGAAGUAAGCCUCCGGGCCUACGGGAGGUAUCCAAGCAGGGGGAUUUCUGCUCCGGAGAAACGAGAUCGUUUCUAAAAUUCCGCGGCAUUUGAGCGGCCUGCUUCUUUGGCAGGGGUGUGGGCCGUGGGUUCACUGCGCUCUCUUUGAGCCUCUUUUCCUCAGUCGUAGAAGUGUGGUUAAAUUGGGUGAUCCCAGAGGCCCCUUCCAGUUCUAGACCAAGGUGGCUUAGAACCCGAUCAUCCGAAGUUUGGCCUGUGCCUGGCACUCCGGCCCCCCUGCCAGCUGCUCGGGAUAGCUGAGCGUAGCUAGUGCCUUUCACUGUGUCCCCACGGAUGGCUCCUGGGAGGAGAAAGAGUGGCUCCCCCCAAGAGCUGUCUUCAGAACUGGGGCUGUUCCUGAGCUCUCCCCCAACCCCUAACAGACUGGAAGCUCUGGAAGGUGAGGAAAAGGGCUGCUUGAGAAAGCAGCAGCAGCAAGGGAUGCUGGGGGCAGAUAGGAAGUCUGGGAAAUGGAGUUUGGCUUACUGUGGAGAAGCACCAAGGCUGGUCUCCAGUGGAGCUGGCUGCUGUGGUGUCUACUGAACCCUCCAGCACUGGGCGGGUGCCAAGGAGGUUGUAGAGGGGUAUUGGACGGGGGAACUGGAGCCCCCCUGAAUCCCUGGGGGUCAGAGAUACUCCGGUUCGGGGCCGGGCUGGGGGAAUCGGGGGCUCUAGUUGCCAGUAGUCAUUUUCCCCAGAGGUACAGAGCCCUAUUCCAGCCGGGAGCGGGGACGAGGCAGCAGGCACAAACGGAACUCCACUCCUCCCCCAGCCCCCUCCUGGGGUGGUAGCACCUUGGACACUGCCAUUUAAUUUAUUUUCACACUGGCUCACGUGUUUUUAAGGUUUUUUUGUAGCUCACUUUUUUUUAAGUAAAGACUUGGUCACACACGCACAUACACAGCUCCAGGCCUGCUUGUCCAGGGAGGACCCGGGCUGUAGAGAGCCGAGUGCUCAGGCUGGCCUUUUUGCCCAGGGUCCAGAGGAAUGGCUGCUCUGGCUCAAAGGGGGGAGAGGUGUGCUUUUUGGUGUAGUGGGCAACUCGGGAGUCCUGGGUUCAAAGCCUAGCUUUGCCCCUACCUCACUGUGUACCCUGGGCAAGCCGUUUCCUCUCAGGUGGUCUCGGUUUCCCCAACGAUAAAAUGGGAGAAGGCAGGAUGAACUCGAUUUUCAAGUUUUCUUUUGCCUCUGGCAUGUCCUAAAGGCCCCUCCCAGGUCUGACAUUCUGUGUUCUCUGGUCCUCCCAGCUCUGUGUUCCAUGUUCUAAGGUCUCGCUCAGCUUCAGCCUUGUGAUCUGCGUUCUAAGAUCCCUCCCAGUGUUGUGAUGGGUUCCGAGGUCCCUUCUAGCAUUGUGUUCUGUGUAUUCUGUGUUCUCAGCAUUGUGUCCUGAAUUCUAAAGUCCUUUAUUUGUUGUGUAAUCCUGAGAAUGACACCUAAGCCCCGGCUCCUGUCUCGUUCUCCUCUUUCUCCCACCCUCAUGUUUCUUCUGUUGUAAUUUCCCAAGCCUGGGCCAACCCAUUGCUGAGACUCCUCGGGGCUGCAGAGGCCACAGUCAUAGGAGGGGAGGUAGGCCUAGCCUGGGGUUGUGGGGAGAGGCUUUGGCCCACCCUACUCCUCUCUACCCUCCCCAGGCCCAUGGCUCCCCCAGCCUUAUCUGGGGAAGCUGGGGGAUGGCUUGGAUCUUAGGAGAGCUUGAAAGCCCGAGUUGGUGGUUGGGAAAGAUGGUGUGGCCUGGAUUUCUGCAAGGCUCUCUGGUUAAGGGCUUGGGGAGGCCACCCUUUGGUGUCUGCUCUGGCCUCCCCCUUGGCUCUCCGUGAUGUGACCAGUAAGGUGGGGCCCACCAUUACACCUGGCUCAGCAGGGGGACCUGAGGGGAGAUUCCCCUCCCCAACCCCUCAGCCCCCACCAGCCUCUCCACCCAUCUUGGCUCCUUUCCCACCUCUUGUGUGUAAGGUAGACUUCAGAUAAAAACAAAAUCUUGGACAGCC